AUGUGUCCCAAUCCGUCCAAGUGCGUCAAGCGUGAAGAUGUCGCGCAAUGCUGGGUAGAACUGCCUCCCCCCUCCGUAGUACCAGAGCUAUGCGUGCCGGGAGAUAGGAAGUGCGAUUCUGACGCAUAUGCCCUUCAGCUGUGCGGCAAAGAUGGAGUGUACCACACCGAGAAGAAAUGCACCACUCCCGGUGAUUGCAAGACUGACAGGCCAGGUCAAGCGCACUGUGGGACAGGAAGCAUGGAUCCACCAAAGUUCGAGCGUCAGACCAAUAGCACUCAGUGCACCCACGGUGAUUAUGCCUGCGAUACCCACCGUCGGUUCAUGUUCGUUUGCAUCAACGGCGCAUGGCAAGAACCGAUUCAGUGCCACAGGGUUGGUGCCUGCCAGCCUGUUGGGCCUACGCCUGAAUACCCCAAGAGGAACAUGGACUGCAUAGGCUUCCCGAAGUAUCUCUAUCCUGACAACAGGGGCUCACCGAAGCUUGAGGACAUGGAGAAGUGCCGUGCGAGCAUGUGCGAGGAUUGGGAUUGCAAAGAUUGCGAUCGCUGCAUAUACCAACUCGGGUACGGCGAAGUGCUAGAGCCUGAUCUAAACACUUUGAUCCAUAGCUCACCCACACUGUGA